CAGAACUCCACGCCCCACCACCUCAAUUCCACACCAACGGGCAUCGGCAACAGCAACAAUGGGCGCCAGCGACUCCAAGCCUUCUUCCUCUCCAUCGCCAUCACUACCACCACCAUCCCACCACUCCUCCACCUUGUCAACCACCACCGCCGCGUCAGCCCCUGAAACACCAAAACCGAAAUGCAAGCCCUGUUGCGCAUGCCCCGACACCCGCAAACUGCGCGACGAGUGCGUGUUUGCGAACGGCGAGGAGAACUGUGUGGAGUUGAUCAAGGCGCACCAGGAUUGUAUGCGCGCUCAGGGAUUUAAUAUAUGAAGGGUCAGGAGACUUAGACUUGAAGGAUUGCGACGGAGGCGACGGGAGGUUCGUGCGGUUGAGGCCUCCUGUCAGCGAGAGAUGGUUCCCAUAUUGUGGAUAGUGGGGCAUACUUGCAUAGUGUACUUUUUUGGAAUUGUAUGUAUGUGCAUCCAGAGCCACCGCCGACUUGCCCAUACGCACCGGCGUACACAGUAAUAUCCGCAAUCCCCCUUCCAUAUACGAUACCUACAUUGGAAUGCUUACUGGUGAAAUGUCCUCGCUACAUAGCCAUAAUCUUCAGCAAGUAACGCAAUACACUUUGUGCUGAGCGUGUGUUAAACUAAGAUGACUCCAUCUGGCAAGCGGAG